CAAAUUCCAGUGUUGACGUGCAAGUCUUUUCGCCAUCAGGGUUUUGCUGGCGGUGUGCUCCGGUACUUUUCCUGUUUCAUCGGUGUUUUUAACCGGUUUUACGUUGAACUUCGUGUAACUUCCGGUGCUCCGACCGUCCGUGACCGGCAACGAUGAGUACGAUAGUGGAGAAGAUCGCCCAAAUCGAGGCCGAGAUGGCCCGUACUCAGCGGAACAAGGCCACGGCUGGUCAUUUGGGUCUGCUGAAGGCGCGGUUGGCCAAGCUGCGUCGUGAGCUGAUCACUCCGAAGGGUGGCGGCGGCGCUUCGGAGCAGGGUUUUGAGGUUUCCAAGACUGGAGAUGCUCGGGUUGGAUUUGUGGGUUUUCCUUCGGUGGGGAAAUCAACGCUGCUGUCUAAUUUGGCCGGUGUGUACUCGGAAGUUGCGGCGUACGAGUUUACAACGCUGACGACGGUUCCCGGCUGUAUCAAGUACAAGGGAGCGAAGAUUCAGCUGUUGGAUUUGCCCGGAAUUAUCGAAGGAGCAAAGGAUGGCAAGGGUCGUGGUCGGCAGGUUAUUGCUGUGGCUCGAACCUGUAACUUGAUUUUUAUGGUGCUGGAUGUGCUGAAACCGUUGACGCACAAGAAGCUGCUGGAGCAUGUUGAAGGUUUUGGGUUGAGGUUGAACCAGCAACCGCCGAACAUUAGCUUCCGGAGGAAGGACAAGGGCGGUGUGAAUUUGAACGCGACCGUGGCGCAGUCCGAGCUCGAUCUGGACACGGUCAAGUCGAUUCUUUCGGAGUACAAGAUUCACAACGCGGACAUUACGCUCAAAUUCGACGCCACGACCGACGACCUGAUCGACGUGAUUGAAGGCAAUCGGAUCUAUAUUCCGUGCAUCUAUCUGCUGAACAAGAUUGACCAGAUCAGCAUCGAGGAGCUGGACGUGAUUUACAAGAUUCCCCACUGCGUGCCCAUUUCCGCCCAUCACCACUGGAACUUUGACGAUUUACUGGAAAUGAUGUGGAAGUAUUUGCAGCUGGUGCGAGUUUACACGAAACCCAAGGGUCAACUGCCGGAUUAUAGCUCACCGAUUGUGUUGCACCACGAGCACACCAGCAUCGAAGCGUUCUGUAACAAGCUGCAUCGAACAAUUGCAAAGGAAUUUAAAUAUGCCUUGGUUUGGGGAUCGUCCGUCAAGCAUCUGCCGCAAAAGGUCGGCAUCGAUCACAUCCUAAACGACGAAGACGUUGUCCAGAUUGUGAAAAAGGUGUAAAGCGAUUGUUCAACGCAGCAGCAGCACUCAAUUGUGUAAGUUUAUUAAUCCGCGCUUUACUAUUAAAUCAUUUAAACAUUUAUUUGCAACAAGCAAAACAAAAAACAA